AGGUCGAGCCCCUGGCGUUUCGCGUCAACCUACCAACUGGGCACACUCGCCAUUAGUCAUUUUUUUACACAAUAAACGUAAAUUUAGCGAAUUUAAAAUCGUUUUCCUGGCCCCUCUUAAGCUUUUCUUCAAUCUUCGUUUGCCCACUAGCCGUUAAAAUAACGCGCAAAAGGAUAUCGCAGGGAAAAACUGGAACGGAGACGUCUCUUUGUCGCCUAGACGCACCGAAAAUCGAUAGCCCGAGUAAAAACAAAAGGGAAAUAAUCUGGACAAAGUGCGAACGGGGGAUUGGCUGGACUAGAGAUUGGAUAAACACCAACGCACCGCAGCUUGUUUGCAAAUAGCGCAGCAGCAUGGGUAUCUUCGGGCAGUCGUCGCCUUUCGAUGCCGACGUGGAAAAGGCCACCAGCGAGACGAACACCAACGAUGACUGGACACUGAUCUUGGAUGUGUGCGAUAAAGUAACCACAAAUCCGCGUUUGUCCAAGGAUUGCCUGAAGGCGGUGAUGCGGCGCAUGGGCCACUCCGAUCCGCACGUGGUGAUGCAGGCCAUUACGCUUCUGGACGCGCUGUCCAGCAACUGUGGCAAGCCUUUCCACCUGGAGGUUGCCUCUCGAGACUUUGAAACGGAGUUCCGCCGGCUGCUGGCCAAAGCGCAGCCGAAGGUUUCUCUGAAAAUGCGGCAAGUCCUGAAGAACUGGGUUGAGAACGACUACAAAAACGAUCGGGAGCUGGAACUGAUACCCGCUCUCUACACCAAGCUGCGUAUGGAGCGCUACGAUUUUAGAAAUUUGGGUGACGAGAGCAGCAAGUCUGUGGCCGAAAAGGCUGCCGCCUUGCCCAAGGAUCCGAAUGUGGUCAGCAGCCAGCAGGAAGAGGACGACAUUGCCAAGGCCAUCGAACUGUCUCUCAAGGAGAACAAGGGAAGUCCCAAGACUGGAAGUGGAGCUGUUACCAGCUCCAGCACCGCCAGUGCCUAUCCCUCUUUGUAUCCUUCAUUCGGAGGAGGCAAUGCCGUGGCAUCCUCUGCGCCGAGCGAUGCCACCAACGCCACUCCAGCACCGGAGCCAAGAAAGGUGCGGGCCCUGUACGACUUCGAGGCGGCGGAGGAGAACGAACUGACCUUCUUCUCGGGAGAGAUUAUCCAUGUAAUGGACGACAGCGAUCCGAACUGGUGGAAGGGUUUCAAUCAGCGCGGCGAGGGUCUCUUUCCCUCUAACUUUGUCACUGCCGAUCUUUCCGUAGAUCCCGAGCGCUUGGAUAUCAAUCAGCAGCAUAAGUCGGCCGCCGCUGCCGCCGGACAAAGGGAGUUGGAUUCGGCUGCAGCUUUGCAGCUAAAGACUGAAGCGGCCGUCGCUGCUGCCGCCGCUCAGCCUGUGGAGAUCGACGAGUCGAAAAUCGAUAGGCUUCUGCAUCUGCUCCAUGAGGCGAACCCCGAGGAUCCGUCACAGGACAGCGACGAGAUGCUGCGGCUGGAGCAGGAGGUCCAUCAGAUGGGUCCGUUGAUAGACGCAGAGUUGGAACGCGUCGACCGCAAGCAUGCCCAGCUGACUCAGUUGUCUAGCGACCUCGUGGAUGCCAUCAAUCUAUACCAUACGCUGAUGCGGGACGAUCGAGCUGCGGCGGGACAGUUUGCGGCAGCAGCGGGUGGGUUUAUGCCCGGAAUGGCUCCUGGAUUUCUGGGAGCAGCUCUCUACGGAGCACCUGGCUAUCCCGCAGCUGGCGGUUUUCCUACGGCCCAAAACUACCCCGGCAUGCAUUCGCUACCAUAUGGUCCAGCUCCAGCGGCACCAGCUGGCCCGGGUGGAGCUUCAAGUGGUUAUUUGGCACAGGGACAGGUGCCAAUGCCGUAUCAAAAUGGACAUGCCCCGCAGAUGAAUUCUUUGCCACCCCACCUGGCCCAACCCUCAGCUGCUGCACCCGUGCCCCAGCCCCUCUAUAAUGCCCAGCCCACGGCCGUGCCCAAUACACAACAGCAGCUGCCACAGCAGCAUCCCCAGCAGCCACCGCAACCGCAUCCUCAACAGCAUCCACAACAGCCACCGCAACAGCAUCCCCAGCAGCCUAGCUAUCACAUGGAUCCGCAGACACAGUUCCCACAAGCUCCACCCGCAAUGCAACAGCCGCAGCAACAGCAGCAGCCGGCAGCGCCCCAUGUCUACAUGUCGCCGCAGCAUCAACAGCCACCGCCGCCUCCGCAGGGAUACCAGCCUGGACCAAAUUUGUAUGCGGCCAACGGAUCGUCUACCGUCAAUCCACAGAGCUACAUGUCUCCGCAGCAGCAGCAGCAGCAGCAUCCACCACCACAUGAUCAGUUUAGUCAGCUUCACCAGCAGAUGGCCGCCAUGUCCAUGGCUGGGGGUCCGCCCGUUGGGCCAGCUCCCGGCGGCUAUCACAUGCAGAACGAUGCCGUCAAAAACAACAUUCCUAUUUACCAGCAGCAGCGGUAAAACUGCAGCAAUAAAAAUCAAGCCCUUCACUUGGUGUUAGCCCAAAAAAAAAAAAAAACGAAACC